UUGUAGAGGGGAUGGUGGUAGAAUCAGGGUUCUGGAGGCGCCCAGCAGCCGAGCGGCCCAUCCCGGAGGUACCUGAAUCUGAACGAGGGCGCACACGGGCACACACGCACACACCUUGGCUGUGCAGACGCGCGCGCGUGUGUGCGUGCGUGUGUGCGCGAGUGUGAACUCCCACAUGCUGCUGCUGUCUGCUUCUGGCCAGUGGCACCGCACCAGAGCCGCCGCCGCCUCCUCCUCGCCCCCAGAUUCCCUCCCCUCUGCGUCGCUUUUGUCUGGAGGGUGUUAUGCGUUUGUGUGUGGAUCAGCGUGUGUGUUUUUGGAUUUCAGACUAAUUUUCUGGAGUUUCUGCCCCAGCUCUGCGUCAGCCCUCACGUCACUUCAGCAGCAGUAGCAGAGGCAGCGGCGGCGGCGGCGGUGGCGGUGGCGGCGGGUCCGGGGAGCUGGUUGGAGCCGGAGCCCCGAGGCUCCUUCGCUCUCACUCGCUUCGCUCCAAGCCGGGUGACCAGAGGAGCCAAGGCCGGGCGCUGCGGCGGGCCUGAGGCGCUGGAAGACCGCCCUGAAGUGCACACCUGAGCCCCGUGCAGGUGCAACGAGGAGGACUCUGACACCCCAACGGUCCCGGAAGCGCCGCUGACCUGUGACCGGUGUGCGGGGCCAUGCAGCAAAGGCCCCUGUGCAGUCCCGAGCAACCGCAGCGCCCCCUGUGAAGUGGCCUGCGAUGUCCCGGCCUCUGUGACCAGUGAGUCCCUCCGGAAUCCGCUCAGCCCCAGACACUCGGCUUUGGUCACGCUAGGCUUUGCGCGCGGCGGCCAGCACCCCAGGCAUCCGGGAGUCGCGAGGGCUUAGGGCAAGGAGAAGGCCUCCCUACCCCGGCGGGGGAAACCGGCUGGUGCCACGCGGGACACUCACUCCGACUGCCAGUGGUGGCAAGGAAUGUCAUCCUGGACGAGGUGGCAUGCACCCGACAUGGCGCGGCUCUGGGGCUUCUGCUGGCUGCUUGUUGGCUUCUGGAGGGCCUCUCUCGCCUGCCCAGCGUCCUGCAAAUGCAGCGCUUCUCGGAUUUGGUGCAAUGAGCCUUCUCCUGGCAUCGUGGCGUUUCCGAGGUUGGAGCCUAACAGCGCAGACUCUGAGAACAUCUCCGAAAUCUUCAUUGCAAACCAGAAAAGGUUAGAGAUCAUCAACGAAGAUGAUGUCGAAGCUUAUGUGGGGCUAAGAAACCUGACAGUUGUGGAUUCUGGCUUAAGAUUUGUGGCUUAUAAAGCAUUUCUGAAAAACAAUAACCUGCAGCACAUUAACCUUACCCGAAAUAAGCUGACUAGUUUGUCUAGGAAACAUUUCCGUCAUCUUGACUUGUCUGAACUGAUCCUGGUGGGCAAUCCAUUUACAUGCUCCUGUGACAUUAUGUGGAUCAAGACUCUCCAAGAGACUAAACCCAAUCCAGAAACUCAGGAUCUGUACUGCCUAAAUGAAAGCAGCAAGAAUAUUCCCCUGGCAAACCUGCAGAUACCCAAUUGUGGUUUGCCAUCUGCACAUGUGGCUGCACCUAACCUCACUGUGGAGGAAGGCAAGUCUGUGACAUUGUCCUGUAGUGUGGCAGGCGAGCCUCUUCCUAAUAUCUACUGGAAUGUUGGAAAUUUGGUUUCCAAACAUAUGAAUGAAACAAGCCAUACACAGGGAUCCUUAAGGAUAACUAACAUUUCAUCUGAUGACAGUGGAAAGCAAAUCUCUUGUGUGGCAGAAAAUCUUGUAGGAGAAGAUCAAGAUUCUGUCAACCUCACUGUGCACUUUGCACCAACUAUCACAUUUCUCGAAUCUCCAACCUCAGACCACCACUGGUGCAUUCCAUUCACUGUGAAAGGCAACCCCAAGCCAACGCUUCAGUGGUUCUAUAAUGGGGCAAUAUUGAAUGAAUCCAAAUACAUCUGUACUAAAAUACAUGUUACCAAUCAUACGGAGUACCAUGGCUGCCUCCAGCUGGAUAAUCCUACUCAUAUGAAUAAUGGGGACUACACUUUGAUGGCCAAAAACGAAUAUGGGAAGGAUGAAAGACAGAUUUCUGCUCACUUCAUGGGCAGGCCUGGAAUUGAAGAUGAUACAAACCCAGAGUACAGCGAUACCAUUUAUGAAGAUUGGACUGUAGCAAAUGACCUUGGGUAUACCACAAACAGAAGUAAUGACAUCCCUUCCACAGAUGUCGCCAACAAAGCUGGUCGGGAACAUCUCUCGGUUUAUGCUGUGGUGGUAAUUGCAUCUGUGGUGGGAUUUUGUCUGCUGGUAAUGCUUCUUCUACUUAAGUUGGCAAGACAUUCCAAGUUUGGCAUGAAAGAUUUCUCAUGGUUUGGAAUUGGGAAAGUAAAGUCAAGACAAGGUGUGGGCCCAGCCUCUGUGAUCAGCAAUGAUGAUGACUCAGCCAGCCCACUCCACCACAUCUCCAAUGGGAGUAACACUCCAUCUUCCUCAGAGGGCGGCCCUGAUGCUGUCAUUAUUGGAAUGACCAAGAUUCCUGUUAUUGAAAAUCCCCAGUACUUUGGCAUCACCAACAGUCAGCUCAAGCCAGACACAUUUGUUCAGCAUAUCAAGCGACAUAACAUUGUUCUGAAAAGAGAGCUAGGCGAAGGAGCCUUCGGGAAGGUUUUCCUAGCUGAAUGCUAUAACCUGUGUCCUGAGCAGGAUAAGAUCUUGGUGGCAGUGAAGACUCUAAAGGAUGCUAGCGACAAUGCUCGCAAGGACUUCCACCGUGAGGCUGAGCUGCUGACCAACCUCCAGCAUGAGCACAUUGUCAAGUUCUAUGGGGUCUGUGUGGAGGGCGACCCACUCAUCAUGGUCUUUGAGUACAUGAAGCAUGGGGACCUCAACAAGUUCCUUAGGGCACAUGGACCUGAUGCAGUACUGAUGGCCGAGGGUAACCCACCCACUGAACUGACCCAGUCGCAGAUGUUGCACAUCGCCCAGCAGAUCGCAGCUGGCAUGGUCUACCUAGCAUCACAGCACUUUGUUCACCGUGACCUGGCUACACGGAACUGCCUGGUUGGUGAGAAUCUGUUGGUGAAAAUCGGGGACUUCGGAAUGUCCCGGGAUGUAUACAGCACUGACUACUACAGGGUCGGCGGCCACACGAUGCUGCCCAUUCGCUGGAUGCCUCCAGAGAGCAUCAUGUACAGGAAAUUCACCACAGAGAGUGACGUCUGGAGCUUGGGGGUUGUACUGUGGGAGAUCUUCACCUAUGGCAAGCAGCCUUGGUACCAGCUAUCAAACAAUGAGGUGAUAGAAUGCAUCACUCAGGGCCGAGUCCUGCAGCGGCCUCGCACGUGCCCCCAGGAGGUGUAUGAGCUGAUGCUGGGUUGCUGGCAGCGAGAGCCACACAUGAGGAAGAGCAUCAAGGGCAUCCACACUCUCCUCCAGAACUUGGCCAAGGCAUCUCCGGUCUACCUGGAUAUUCUAGGCUAGGGUACUUCUCCCUAGAUUGAUCCUUCCCAAUGCACUCCUCAGAUGAACCAACAGGAUGAACAUCUAUCAACUGCCGCUGGGUGUUAUGAUAUUGCUGUCCUUUCUCUGACAGUAUUAACAACAAGACACAAAGACAAUAUCAGAGGGAAGCAAUGUGUUCUUCUCCAUACACAGACACAGUAUUAACUUCUUUUUGGCAUAGCUCCUUCUCUUUCCAUCUCCCUUGCUUUGUUACUUUCUUUUUGCUCUUUCCAUUUUUCAUUUUUUUGUCUUCCCUGCUUCAUUAUCUUACUGCGUCUCUCCCCCUCCCCAUAAUCUAGCUUCUGCAUUCCUAUUAACUGUGCAUAGACAAAGGCCUUAACAAACCUAAUUUGUUAUAUCAGCAGACACACCUGUUUGCCCACCACAACUAACAAUGCCUUGUUGUGUUCCUGCCUUUGAUGUGGAUGAAAAAAGGGAAAACAAAUAUUUGACUUCAACUUUGUCACUACUGCUGUACAGACAUGGAGAGUUUCUAUGGAUUCACUUCUCUUAUUUAUUAUUAUUACUCUUAUUAUUAUUAUUGGAUGGCUUUCACCUGUAUAUGAAAAGGAAAACUUGUGUUCAAUCUGGGAAAACUUUAUCUAUGGGAGAUGAAAACCAGAGAGAAAGAUUUAUAAUGAACCACAGUAUGGAGAAACAAAAACAACCACUGGAACCAGCUGGCAUCAAUCCCUACCUAGGAAAAAAGCCAGCAACUCUUAGCUGGGAGGAAUGCGUUCGGCACCUUCCCCUGAGGACCUUUCUGAGGAGUAAAAGGAAUGUUGAACUCUGUUCUAUGGACAGAGUUUCUCAUCACAAACACUGGUGUGCAGUGGGAAAAUCAUUUCUAUGGGACGCAAGAUGGCACAUCAUAAUAUUCAGAUGAUCUUGUUAUGAUUACUCAUAGUAACAGCACUGGUGUGUUCCUCAAGUGUCAUCUACUGAGCCUUUGUCAGGUUCAGUUGAAAAGACAUGGAUUCUAGUCACUUCAGGGUAAGGUGGGACAUUCAAAGACUUGAAAAAGAUAAGACAUGCUCUUGAUCUGGAGGCAAGUUUCUCUUGAACUUUUCAGACAGCAAGUCUCUCCUUCCCUACUUUCCAUUCCCUUUGUCCUCUCAACUGUGCAAACAAAAUUGUGCAUGGUCUUUGUCACUUAAUAUCUUGUGUGCAGAAACUACUGCUCCAGACUUGUGCCUGAUAGACAGAACAGAUUCUUAAAAGGUCUAACUUACAGAGUUUAAGGGAACAUAGAGUUCAUUAGCUGAGAAUCAAUGCCCCUGAACAUUGUAGUUAUUGGUGAUGGGUUCUACCUAAUAUGGACCCUAAAGCCUAUAUAUCUUCAUCCACAUAGAACCUAUGGGACUGUGGGAUAGGUGGAAUCCUUCCCGGAGGGAAAGUCAACCUCAAUGGAGGCCAUCACAUGCAUUCCUGUCCCAUAUGCACAGGCCACGUCUCUUGCUUUGGAAUCUGGUUGGAAGAGUGGUUUCAUUCCAAAUGUACUCCAUUGUCAGGAUGCUGUUUUGUUGUCUUCACUCCAUUAAACAGUAAAACAAAAGUGAGCACAGCAUGCCAAUGGGAAACUGUGCCCUGACCAGGCAUGAACCUGUGCUUUUGGCAUAGCUACUGGUUUUGCAAAGAGAGUGUGAAUUUAAAUAGAAAUUUACAGAAAAUUACAGUUGGAUAGUCAGUUACACCAAGGAAGAACUGUUUCUGUUCCUCAAGAAAAUUUGCUAUCCUCUAUGAGGGUAAUUUUGCUAAACUUGACAUCUUUCUAACAUGAGCCAGAUUGAAAAGGAGUGAUUUUUAACUCAUUCUAGAACCUUUCAUUUAGUAUUUGUUUCUGAAGGUGCAAGAGCUCUGUAUAGGUUUUGUUUGUGCCCAUUAAUUUCUAGAGCACUUUAUUUUCUAUUAUUGGCUUUAAAAGCCAGUUCUCAAAAAACUCUAAAGUAUAAAUUACCAGAGAACAAAAAGAAAUCCAAUAGCAUCUGCAGUUAAGUGAAGGGUUUGGACAAGGCAAAUGUCAUAGUCCUUUUUGGUUCUGUAAUGGCCUAAGAGGGAUGGGAGUCAUUUGUUCUCUUUGUCUGUGAAAACAGACCACUCCAGGAUACGUAUAAUAAUAUAAUGAAAGCCAUAUCUCCAGGAUAUAUACACACAUGUAUAUGUCAUACAAAGGACCCUUGGUACUUUUACAAUACUGGGGAACUGUGAAGCAAUGAGGAAGCAGCAGAUUUGUACAAACUGUGCUAGAUUCCAUCAGCAAAGACCUAAAAACAUACAUAGGUUUGUCACUCUGUGUGUCUGGCAAGCUUCUCUGAGAGAAAAAAACUGCAAGAUAUUUAGCAGAACAAAAGGAGAUGAUAGUUUAAGAAGUCAAAAUAAGGGAGGGUGGUAUAUGUUUAGAUCAACUGAUUGUUUAACACAAAUGAGAACAUGGGAGCAUUCCAUUCUAGCCUUGUAUGUUCCUCUGCAGGGAAAAAUAAUGAAAAAAAUCACUAAUUUUUCUGACUAAUUUCUGAAGGUUUUUAAGAUGAAAGGUUCUAUGCAAGUACAAAGUUUCAUAGUUAUUUAUACCUCUUUAUUAUUAUUAUUAUUAUUUAUUAGUCCUGCUGUUUUCUCAAGUAUGUGCUGAUUUUAAAGAUAUCACACAUAAAGUACUUGAAUGAGCCAAGAAUAUCUUAAAAUAUUGAUCAUUGUUCCUUUGGUACCUCCUUUCUCAUGAUAUUUUAAUUUUUAGAAAAUCAAUAUUCUUAUUCUUAACUGUAAUGGUCAUCAAAUAUUGCUUACCAUCAAAUAUGCUAAAACUAUGACAAUGGCUGUAGCAAAUCAAAGUCUCCAGGCCUGACCUAGUCUGACAAUUUAUGAAUUACCAAGUAGUUUCUAAACACUUUUCACAUGUGUUUGCAAGUAGUUCAUUGUUUUCAUAUAUGAGGAAAUUGAGACUCAGAGAAGCUUAGAAGUAUGCUUUGUAUCUCCAGCCAAACAUGGGCUUCACCCAAGUACUCUGACUUUACCCUUUCAUUAUUCUAUCCACUAGAGAUGUUACCACACAAACAAGAUGUCUAGGAAAGACAAUUGCUAACAUGUUUAUGAAGUAGGAUGUGAAGUUAGAAGAAAAAAAGGAAAUAUAUGAGGUGGUAAGGAACUGAGAUAUUGUGAUAUGUGAUCAUGUCUCCACCUCUGUUGAAUCCUGUCACUGACCAAUGUCAUCCUCAGGCUCCUUGAGAAAACACUGGGUAUUCUGAAAUCCAGGAUUCUACUAAAUUCAAAUCCUCACAUCAGCUCUAUCUGUGGUGUUUAUACACACACACACACACACACACACACACACACACGAUACUUGAUUUAUACAUAUGAAAAUGCACAUACAUAGUGUGUUUGCAUGUUCAUGUAUAAAUAUAUAGGCACAUGGUAAUAGAAUAAUUAAUUCUAAAUAGGAUGCAGUAUGAGUAAUUUUCUUAAAAUCUGAUGAAAACCAAAACACUUUAAUGUCCCUUGGUGGUUCGGCUUCCAUUCUCCACAUGGAUAGGACUACAUCAUACUUCUCAACUCUGCAGUCAUUCAUGAUGAAAGAUUGAUUUAAGACAAUUCACUUCCCAAAAUAAGUGAAUACCAUCCCACAACAUUGAGUCCCUUUUCUGGCCCCUGCCAAAAGAAACUACAGACAAACAGAUCUCCUUAUAUAUAAGUACAGGAAAGGAAAAUUUGAUGUUUCAUCUUUUUUUUUUUUUUUGCAAAUCCAAAUUUUGCACACCUUUGCCCACUGUCACCCCAUUACACGUUUGUCCAGAGACCAAGCAUUUUAGAUGUAAACUGGAAUGUUGGGAAACAUUGACUGUCAGUGGUGGUAUGUCCAAGAUUUUGCAGCAAAGUGAGCAGCCCUAGUAAUUUCCUCAACUGAGUGGAGGUGCAUGGGCCAUCAUGUAUAAUGCUGUCCUUCCUCAAGCACCAGCAGCAUGAUUUCUUGUUCAGAAUAAACUUUUUGUUUACCCUUUCCUGUUGCACGUUGGAUAUCCAAUGAUACCAUGGUAUCAUUAAAGUUAGAUAUAAUAAUGACUAACUUUUACAAUGGCAAUAUAGACACACAUACCCUCAUUGUCUUGUCUCUCCAUCUCCUUCCCAUUUUAGAGCUUUUAUUUCAAAUCGUGACCUUCAGUUAACAUUUGGCUUGGCACUAUAUCACUGUUAUAGAAAAUUUCAUGAGAGGGACGGCUAGUGAUCCAAAUCCCCAGAUGUCCAAGUUAGCAGCCCAAGCCAGUUCUUCACAAUGUGUAACUGAAAUGUAGAGACUUGGGAGGGGUAGCUUGUACAUGGGUUUCACAUGUUAUUCUAAAGCAUUAGGGUGGGGGAUUUAUACUUUAAAAUCAAUAAUGUAGGAAGGGGUAUUCUCAUGUCAGGGCUGGAAAGGACACUGCUGCUCAAGUCCCAGGUUCUCAAAUAUCCUUAGAUUUUGUAUUUCUCUCUCCUCUCCUGUUCACUUUAUUCACCUGUGUAUGUAUUUAUUUAUAUACUUUUGCUCCAUUCAUUACAAACACUAGGCAAAUCAAAAAAUAUAUAUAUAUAUAUAUGGAUGUGUGUAAAUGUGUUGCAGGCAAAACACUGUGAAUCUCACAACCAAGCAACUAUUUUGCUUUUUAACAUACAUCAUAGGAUAUGAAAUGGAAAAAGAUGGGAAUAUCAUUUUUCAGUUUCUGCAUCCUAGGCCAAGUCCAUGUUUAUUUUAUUUCCCUUCUCUGUAUAGUAAAGUUGAUUCUGAGUGGACAUUGAUUGAAUGGUGAAUAUACUGUAGAAAGCAUAAUCAAUGUUGCUAGUGCCAUGUGCUUGAAUGAGAGAAAAUGGAGAAAUGUAACAAAAAGGUCUAUAUAUUGCAGCUUGCAUAUCUUACUGUUGCUUCAAAAUGUAUAAAACUGCUGGAAAUAUUUUCAAUACAAGGUAUUUGAAUUAAAUGUGGAUUUUAAAUUUAUUCUCCCUUAAAAAGUGACCAAAUUAUGGUAAAAUAUUGCUCCCUGUGUAUCUAGGACUUGCAAAUCUGCCUACAGAUGUGGAUGUCCUGAAUUUGCUUCCAUAUCUGGAGAGAUGUUUGUAUAUACCUGGACCAUACACACAUUCAUUUCAAUAUCUCUCUGCGAAUGUAAUUCCCCUUCAAUGGUGACCUGGUAUUUGAACUCUAUCAUUUCCUUUGGUUUGUUUUCUUUUAAUGUGAUGUCUCUGUGCCAAUACUACCAGUUCUUGUUUUGCAGUCUGUUUGAGGUCUGUUGCUUUACUAAGACCCACUGCAUCUUGGCUGAUUUCAAAGUGACAACUGAAUGCAGUGUUUAAAAAAUAACUUUGUUUGUAAAUCAUGUGACCAGCUUCUCUCAACCUGACAUGGAAAGUCUCUUGUACUACAGUGUAUUUAAUAAAACUGAUGUCUUACAAUAAAUAACAUCCUCCGAAAGAGAGGCUAAACAUG